AAUAAAUGAUCCCGUGUGAUUAUCAAAGAAGCUUCAUGUGCCGUAGCCUAUAUCCUUAUUGAUUGAUCACCACCGUUUUUAUCACCGAAAAAAUACUUGGAUAGCAGCGUCUGGCUACUGCCUUGCCUUCGAUCUCUCGUCUCAUAAUCCAGUUUACGUUUCGCAGGAGUUUGAAGCAAAAUGGCAAGGAGCGGCUUCAAGCUAGAGCAUGAUUUUGAGAAGAGGCGCGCUGAGGCUGCAAGAAUUAGGGAUAAGUACCCAGAUAGAAUUCCGGUAAUUGUGGAGAAGGCUGAGAGAAGUGAUAUUCCCACCAUUGACAAGAAAAAAUACCUAGUCCCAGCUGAUCUGACAGUGGGUCAGUUUGUGUAUGUAAUCCGGAAGAGAAUUAAACUGAGCGCAGAAAAGGCUAUUUUCAUAUUUGUGGACAAUGUACUCCCACCAACAGGAGCAGUAAUGUCAACAAUUUACGAUGAAAAGAAGGAUGCAGAUGGAUUUCUGUAUGUGACAUACAGCGGUGAGAACACCUUUGGGAGAGCAGAUGCUGCUGUUGCUCAAGGCGGACUAUAAAAUGCAGCAGCAGGAGCAGUGCUCCUUCUCUCACAUGUACAUGGGAUCCUUCCCCCGCGACGCAUGUGAGUGUAAGGGUAGUACUCCAAGCCCAUCUAAUAAUUUCCCAAAUGUGUUGUCUCCACUGUCAUGGUGGUCAUGUGUGCCUCAUCUUCAUAUCUUCAUAAUGACUUGGCAAAAGCAUUGCAAGUCUUUCCUUGCCUUGAACAGUUAUAGUAUUCUGUCUAAUUUCAAUAACCUUGCAUGUCUAUCAUGUACAGACCACGGUUAUCUUGUACAUAUUCUUUUGUACAAAGUAAAUGAUGUGAAUUAGUAAAUAAUUUAUCGUUAAGUGUGUUAAA